GGUGAAGAAACAAAAAAAGAAAAGGAAAAAAUAAUAAAAUAAAAAGAAAGAAAACAACAGAGUAGAGUGAGGAGAGAGAGGAGGAUGAAUGAAGGGGGAGGGAGGGGGGGCACUUUACUACUUUUUUAUGUUGCACGCAUCCAUCCAUGGCAGAAAACAGAAGGCAGACACAGUACUACUCCUUCAUCGAUCAGACCACAGAAAAUUAAACACAAGAGCAACUCCUCCAACCCUCCAUUUUGCAAACCCACCAUUUUCUUCACUUCACCUUUCUUGAUGUUCCACACCUGAGAAAAGUUUUUGGGGAAAAUCGCGCUACCUCGAGUAUAUAAUUACAUACAUACAUGCAUGUAUAUGUUGUCGAAUUCCCUGCAUUCUCGGAAGCGUGCUCCAGGUUGUAGACUUUGAAUGGUGUUUUUGUUUCUGGGUUGUGGUGAGGGGUGGAAGUAUUGAAGGAGGUGGUGGAAUUUGGGGAUUUGGUUAAUUUAGAUGAAGAGGAUGCCCUUACCCUUUGAAUUUGAGGGGAAGGGGGUGUUAGACUUAGAUUUCGUAGUGAAGAACAGAGAUUUCAUCACAGAUUUCGUGAGGAAGGGUUGUUUCCUGAGCAGCAGCUUCGGCGAGCCGACAUCUGUGCUGGAUUCUGCAAGGAUUCCGAGCAGGCCCACAUCCUCCUCAACACUGUCUUCAUCUCUCGGCGGGAGCACCGGCGGGGGUGGUGCUGCUUCUACCGACACGGCCGGCGUGGCGGCGGUUUCGGACACUAACCCUUCCCCGAAAUGGCAGCAAGACUCCACCACUGCCACCAGCUCCAAUGCCGGAGGCGGAGCCGACCUGCUCCCAGUCCUGCCUUCUCUCGACGGCGGCGGCGGCAACCCGGAGAAAUUCGCCAUGGAGGACUGGGAGAGCGUGCUGUCGGAGUCUGCCGCCGUCUCCCCCAGCCAGGAGCAGGCCUUCAUCCGCUGGGUCAUGGGAGAUGUGGAGGAUCCUGCUAUGGCCAAUCUCAAUAAAGCCCUCCAAAUUGGCUCCGCCGCAGAGUUCGAUUUCAGCGGCGGCUUCGGGGUUGUGGAUCAAGGCUUCGGCGGGGACCAAUUUGGGGGCAGCUUCAUGCCCACGCUCCCUAAUUUCAGCAGAUCCAGCGCUGAGAAGAUUGGUUUGCCCUUGCCUCCCUCUUCCGCUAAUUUCAAAUUUCCCCCAAAUUCGAUGCAUCCGUCUAACAAUCUCGGAGCAAUAGCUCUUCAUCAUCCCACUGCAUUUGAUUCCUCUGCAGAAAUGAAGCCUCCGAUUUUCAACCAGCAGCUGCUCCUGAACCACCAGCCACAGCACGCCUCCUUCUUCUUCCCGCUGCCAUUGACGCAGCAGCAAGAGCUCGGCCCCCCUCAGGCGAAGCGCCACAACCCCGGCGAGGAGCAGAUCUCGAGAGGGCUUCAGCUGCUCCCCCAUUACCAGAGGCCAAUGGGAUUAGGGCAGAAGCCCAAAAUGGAGGAAUUAGGGCAGCAGCAGCAGCAGCAGCAGGCCAUAGUCGACCAGCUAUUCAAGGCUGCAGAGCUUGUCCAGACCGGAAAUCCAGUACUCGCGCAAGGGAUAUUGGCGCGGCUCAAUCACCAGCUCUCUCCCAUUGGUAAGCCUUUCAAUAGGGCUGCUUUUUAUUGCAAGGAGGCUUUGCAACUGCUCCUCCACACUAAUAGUAACCAUCUCAACAACCCUUCUUCAACGCCUACCUCUUCCCCUUUUAGCCUUGUUUUCAAGAUUGGUGCUUACAAGUCCUUCUCUGAGAUCUCUCCUCUUGUGCAAUUCGCCAAUUUCACCUGCAACCAAGCCAUUCUUGAGGUUCUCCAAGGCUUUGAUCGGAUUCAUAUUGUCGAUUUUGAUAUCGGCUAUGGCGGGCAGUGGGCCUCUCUUAUGCAGGAGCUUGCACUGCGCGGUGGGGGCGCCCCCUCCUUCAAAAUCACCGCCCUCGCCUCCACUUCCACCCACGAUCAGCUCGAGCUCGGCCUCACACGCGAGAAUCUCAUCCAGUUUGCUACUGAGAUUAACAUUGCUUUUGAGUUUGAGGCGAUUAGUAUUGAUUCCUUGAAUUCUGCUUCCUGGUCUCUACCGUUCCACGUGCAAGAGAAUGAGGCGAUUGCAGUGAAUCUCCCCGUUGGCUCUCUUGCCAAUCACCAAUUCUCGGUGCCGUUGAUCAUGCGCUUUGUCAAGCAGCUCUCCCCGAGGAUUGUCGUCUCUGUGGACAGAGGGUGUGAUAGGACUGAUCUUCCCUUUGCCAACCACAUAGUUCACGCCCUCCAGUCUUACUCGAACCUGCUCGAGUCUCUUGAUGCUGUCAAUGUGAAUAUGGACGCUCUGCAGAAGAUUGAGAGGUUCUUGCUCCAACCGGGGAUUGAGAAGAUUGUGAUGGGCCGUCUUCGCUCACCUGAGAAGACGCAGCAUUGGAGGGCUCUCUUUUUGUCGUCAGGGUUCUCCCCGAUAACCUUUAGCAACUUCACGGAAUCACAGGCGGAGUGUGUGAUAAAGAGGACUCCUGUUCGAGGAUUUCAGGUGGAGAAGAGGCAGUCUUCUCUCGUUCUUUGUUGGCAACGGAAGGAACUCAUCUCUGCUACUGCCUGGAGAUGCUGAAGCUCGCGGAUUCUUCCUGUCGAGAAGGUGAUUUAGAUGGAUAAGCUGCAUUUUGGUGAUAUGAAUCUGAUCCCAACGUUGCUAGAACCAGACAUUUAUUCUUGUGAAAAAUCAUUUGGCAAUGAAUGUUGUAACUGUUUGAUUUAGUUAUGCAAAUCUUUGAACUGAGAGAGAGAGAGAGAGGGGAGAGAGUGUGGUGUGUGGACAUGGCUGAACAAAAUAGAGGUUGUUGGCCCCAAAAUUCUAUUUAGUAGAUGCAUCUUCUAUGAUUGGUAUGUCUCUUUCAAUUAUAAUGUGGAUUUUGGUGUUACUUAA